UGAGGUGAAGGCUGUCCAACGUGCGUAAAAUACCAAAAUAGGGCUGUGUUUUAUAUUCACGAAAAUAUCCCCUUUUUCCCUGACACCUAUAAAGAGACCCAGGGCGGCAUGCGGCAUUGUUGUUGACCACCUUUUUCUGCUCCUGUGGCUCUGUGGACUUUUACGGGGGACGGCGGACAAGGACAAAAUGCCGCUGCUGGAAUCAGUCGCCCGGCGCUGUUUCGGCUGGGAUAAAAAGCACUGACCACAUCUCUGAUAUCCUCUCUGGAUCUACGUUAUUUCUCAUCUGGAUUUUUUUUUUCUUUCUUUCUUUUACUCCUCCACAUCGUAUAUCUCAAAACACUUCCCCCCUGAAGAACGGUGACUCACUGCAGACACAAGGCGAGCCGCUGCAUUCCAAUCAGACAGCGGAGAGGACUUGAGCUCAUUGACAUUACAGUCAUACUUUUCUGGAGCACUUUUUUUCCCUACUGCGCUGCACUGUAGCCUGCGUGUGCAUCAGAGGCGGGUGGCUUUUUUCUACACAGAGAAAAGGGAUACGGAUGGUGCUGAAGUGGAGGGGGGAAACUCACUGAACCCCGGUGGAACUGUCUCUUUUCAUCUUUACAACAUUUUGGACUACUAUAGCAUUUGUUGUGGUAUUAUGAGUGAAUACUUGAAAUGACUAUUCUGUUUGGUGGAGACCGGAUUGCGAUUAUGGCUCAGAUGGGUCUGGGCGCUCAGCUGAAUAUAAAUUAGGUGUUCAGCUCCACAGAUUGCUGGAAGAGAGAGCGAGAGAGAGAGAGAGAGAGAGAGAGAGACAGAGAGAAGGGGGGAAUCGAGCGACACAGAAGGCACAAAAAAAGACAAUCCACGAAGACUAUUUCUAAGGCCUCACAUGAUGAGCAGAACUGUUUGUUUGAUCAUGAAUAAAAGAAAUACCAAAUUUGGUCGGCGCAUCAACAGGUCGGAGGAAGCAUAAACAAAUCACAGAUUAUAAACAUUCUAACGGAACGGGGGGAUGUAUCUUUCUAUUUUCUUUUUCCUUCUCUUAUGGGCUCAAGCCCUGACGUUGAAAAACUUGAAUUACUCUGUCCCGGAGGAACAAGGUCCGGGGACAGUUAUUGGGAACAUUGCCAAAGAUGCCAGACUCGGACUCGAACAGUCGGGGCAGGGAGGACAGGGUAAGAAAGCCAACUUUCGGGUGCUGGAGAACUCUGCCCCGCAUCUCAUCGACGUGGACCCUCAGAGCGGACUGCUGUACACUAAGCAGCGCAUCGACAGGGAAACACUGUGUCGGAGGAACCCAAAGUGCCAGCUCUCCAUGGAGGUGUUUGCCAACGACAAGGAGAUCUGCAUGAUCAAAAUAGAUAUUCAGGACAUCAAUGACAACUCACCCACUUUCCCCUCCGAUCAGAUUGAUAUUGACAUCUCUGAGAACGCAGCGCCGGGGACGCGCUUUCCCCUGACCAGCGCGCACGACCCGGAUGCAGGGGAAAACGGUCUGAAAACCUAUCAGAUAACGCGAGAUGACUACAAUCUGUUUUCUUUGGAGGUAAAAUCCCGCGGGGACGGGACUAAGUUCCCAGAGUUAGUUAUCCAGCGACCGCUAGACCGAGAGGAGCGCAGCCAUCACACCCUUAUUCUGUCAGCCACUGACGGUGGGGAAUAUCCUAGGUCAGGGACUAUGCAGAUUAAUGUUAAAGUUAUUGAUUCCAAUGACAACAGCCCUGUUUUUGAUCAGCCCUCCUAUGUUGUGGAAAUCCCAGAAAAUUCACCCCCUGGCAAAGUUCUGAUCGAUUUAAAUGCCACUGAUCCUGAUGAAGGCAAUAAUGGGCAGGUGGUGUAUUCUUUUAGUGGUUAUGCCCCGGAGAGGAUUCGGGAGCUCUUCUCCAUAGAUUCCAGAACUGGGGUCAUAAAGAUUCAGGGGGAAAUUGACUAUGAGGAAAGCCCAGUUAUUGAGAUUGACGUCCAGGCAAAGGAUUUAGGUCCUAAUCCAAUACCCGGCCAUUGUAAAGUCACUGUUAAAGUGCUUGACAGGAACGAUAACUGGCCAUCUAUAGGUUUUGUGUCUGUGAGACAAGGGGCCAUCAGCGAGGCUGCACCCCCAGGCACUGUCAUUGCUCUUGUUCGUGUCACAGACAAGGACUCAGGCAGGAAUGGGCAGCUUCAGUGCAGAGUGCUGGGUAAUGUCCCUUUUAAACUAGAGGAGAACUAUGAUAAUUUCUACACAGUGGUGACAGACAGGCCCUUGGACAGAGAAGUACAGGAUGAGUACAAUGUCACAAUUGUGGCUAAGGACAACGGCAUCCCGCCUCUCAACUCCACAAAGUCUUUCACUGUGAAGAUUCUGGAUGAAAAUGACAACGUUCCUCGCUUUACCAAGUCUGUUUACCUCCUUCAGAUCCCUGAGAACAACAUCCCUGGGGAGUACCUGGGUUCGGUUCUGGCCCAUGACCCUGAUUUAGGCCAGAACGGCACAGUGUACUACAGCAUAAUCAACUCCAAUGUCAGUGGAGGUGACGUCAACACCUAUGUUAAUGUGAAUGCUGCUAAUGGCGCCAUUUAUGCGGUGAGAUCCUUCAACUAUGAGCAGAUCAAAUAUUUUGACUUCAAGGUCCUCGCUAAAGAUGCAGGCUCCCCUCACCUGGAAAGCAACACCACAGUACGCAUCAGUGUCCUGGAUGUAAACGACAACAUCCCCGUCAUCGUUCUGCCCCUGCUCCAGAACGACACAGCUGAGAUCCAUGUGCCGCGUAAUGUUGGCGUUGGCUACAUUGUCACCACCGUGAGGGCGGUGGAUAACGAUUAUGGCGAGAGUGGGAGACUCACCUAUGAAAUCUCAGAUGGCAAUGAAGAGCACCUUUUUGAGAUUGACCCAGUGACAGGGGAGGUGCGAACAGCCCACCCGUUCUGGGAGGAUGUGAGCCCCAUUGUGGAGCUGAUCAUCCGGGUAAUGGACCACGGCAAGCCAACACUCACCGCUGCUGCCAGGCUCAUUAUCAAGGCCUACAAUGGACCUCUGCCUGGUGGAGAACCACGUAUCAAUGAGGAGAGCCGCAACUGGGACAUGUCCCUGCCUCUCAUUGUUACUCUCAGCAUCAUCUCCGUCAUGCUUCUGGCUGCUAUGGUGACCAUAGCGAUCAAGUGCAAGCGGGAAAACAAGGAGAUUCGUACAUAUAACUGUCGCAUUGCAGAGUACUCGCAUCCACAGCUGGGGAAAGGCAAGAAGAAGAAGAUUAACAAGAACGACAUCAUGCUGGUGCAGAGCGAGGUGGAAGAGCGAGAUGCCAUGAAUGUGAUGAAUGUGGUAAGCAGCCCCUCAAUGGCCACCUCACCCAUGUACUUUGACUACCAGACACGCUUGCCACUCAGCUCACCAAGGUCAGAGGUCAUGUACCUCAAGCCCACUGCCAGUAACCUCAGCGUGCCCCAAGGCCACGUGGGAUGCCACACCAGCUUCACAGGCCCAGUCACCAGCACUACAGACACACCUACUAACCGCAUGUCUAUCAUACAGACAGACAAUUUCCCCGCUGAGCCUAAUUAUAUGGGUAGCAGACAACAGUUUGUGCAGAGUAGUUCGACGUUCAAAGACCCUGAGCGAGCCAGCCUCAGAGACAGUGGUCAUGGUGACAGCGACCAGGCUGACAGCGACCAGGACACCAACAAAGGCUCCUGCUGCGACAUGUCUGCCAAGGAAGCCCUCAAGAUGAAGGCUACAGGCGUGAAACCGCCGCCUUUGGAGCAAGAUGAGGAUUGUGUGAACUGUACAGAGGAGUGCCGAGUAUUGGGUCACUCUGACCGCUGCUGGAUGCCCCAAUUCCCGGCAGGUUCUAACCAAGCAGAGGGCGUGGACUACCGCAACAAUCUCUUUGUGCCGGCGGGGAUGGAGACUGUGCCAGAGACAGAGACCUAUGAAAGUGUCAACCCCAAUGGCAAGAAGACAUUCUGUACUUUUGGCAAAGAGCGCCGAGACCACACCAUCCUGGUCGCCAACGUCAAACCCUACUUAAAGGCGAAACGCGCCCUCAGCCCCUUGCUCCAAGAGGUUCCCUCGGCCUCCAGCAGCCCCACCAAAGGCUGCUCCACCAUGUCUCCUUGCUCCUCAGUAAAGAGCCCAGCUGAUGGGGCUGAAGGCAAACCUCCACCUGCCACUUGCUCCGGCCACUACGGUCCUCCUGAUGGUCAGUACCUGUCGCCAACCAAACAGAACAUGGAUCAGGGGGUGUACCCGUCCUUGCCUCCCUCAGACCCUGUGGCCAAGGUGCUGGCGGAGGCCCGAUCCAGGAUCAGCCAGGAGGCAGCAGGCUCAGGAGAAAUGGAAUGUGUCCUGGAGCAGGUGGAGCCUAACGUGAACCGCAAUGGCAUGGACGCUGACCAGGUAGUGAGAGACAUCGACAAACUAUUGCAGGACUGCAGAGGAAGUGAGGCCACUGGCACACUCAGGAAGUGACACAAAGACCUGCAAGAAAAAUAAGCAGGGAGGGAGAGAGGGGAGUAGGAUGCUAUUCCAAAAAAAAUCCAGAAAAAAAUCUCUCUCUCACUACAACUGUCACCAAAACAAAUCAACAAAGGUUAAAUGGCUCUUACGAUGGGAGCUGUUAUCACUUUAUUUGUUGUUGAAAAUUACUGCCAUUGGAAGGACAAUGGGAAUAUUCAUCAUGUCCGUCGUUUGGCACCAGUUUUGGUGCUAACACCACCACCAACAAAAUAAAAACUGGGUAACAAAAUGGCAAACAAGGACAUCCGAAUUCUGCUGAAUUUAUAAACUCUUUUUGUUUUGGAUUCUUAAGCAGAUGGCAGAGGCUUAUGCUUCUGGCACCUCGCAAGCUAUUAUCUAAGUGCCCACCAGCUCAUAAGUGUAUUGUUCAUGGUCUCUUGUGAAACCCUACAUAUUUAAGUGUAUGUAGGUGGAUUUCUGUUGUGUGUGAUUGCCAUAGACAUUGAAGGACAAGGACUAUUUAUGGUCAGACAUGACAAUCGAUGCAGAAACAGAGAAACGAAGUCUGGUCUAGUUGGGACCAGCGAAAGACCGAAAUACACAAAUCAACCUUAUCUUUUCUGACUUUGUAACAUUGGUGUUUAAUGUGUAAAGGAUCCUGUAUCUGAAAGUGGAGAGGUCGGUUAUUCAGGGGUGUGUCCAUGGGGGUUUGGGAUGGACCUGGGGGGUGGAGGGGCCUGAGUGUACCGCUGAUGGAGAAUUAUUAACAGUGUAACCAUGUUUCACCUGUCAUUUGUAGCCACGUGUAAGCUGUGUCUCUCUCGCUCCUCUAUUUAAACUUUCAUGUUCCUAACUGGUGUAGCCGCACACACCGAUUUUAUACAGGUGCACUAUGCUUUGCGCACUUACACACACACACACACACACACACCCACACACACACACACACACACUAAGGCUCCUGCGGACAUGCACACAAACACAUACCCAAAUGCACACAUAUAAACAAACAGACACAAACAUAUACACCACUGGCCAUCUGUGUAACUGUCUUAAUACAUGUAUAUCAUCAGCUUUCAGUCCCUUGUGUACAGUGAAUUACCAUGUGUCUGACUAUGCCUUAAGGCAAUCACAAGCUUGUAUAAAAAGGGACAUUUUUCCUCAACUGUGAAAAGAUAUAUCUAUAUGAUUAUAUAGAUGACUAUAUGUAAGAAUCCAUGUAUAGUGUCCAGAUAUUAACAAAAUAUUUAUACGUUUUAUAAGAAAAAAAAAAAAGAAAGAAAUGAGGAAUUUCAGCAAAAAGUGUCCUGGAGUUAAGGUGUGGUUAAGAGCGGGGCAUUUAUUUCAAAGAACUGCAAAGGACACUGCCAUUGUUUCAAAGAAAAUACCCAAAAAUAUAAAUAAACACGAAAAUGUCCCUUCACAUUAUCACUAUACAUAAUAUCAUUAUAUGUGUAAAUGUAUCCAAUUUAAAUGUGUUUACAUCAAAAAAUUGACAUAUUUUUAUUGAUUUUACUGCAAUUUCUGUGCAUUUGAGCCAAAUUGUUAUGUGUACAAAAGCUAUAUUGUGUAUUUUAUUAAAUUAAUAUAUAGUUGUGUUGCAAUAUACAUGGGCUUAUAUUGUAUUUGGCAAAAGUUGCCUUAGUAGCUGUCGAACUCUGUGAGUUUGCUUUAGUUUGGGUUUUGUUGGUGGUUUUUUUUUCUUUUUUUUUUUCCUCUACUCUGCAUCUUUGCAGGCUGGCUUCAGUGCUUUUGAGAUGUCGCCUCUUUUUACCCUGAGAUCCAGCUGGAUCAAAUACAAUAACUGUUGAAAGCUUAAUGAGCCAGCUGAUCUAGAAUACAAUUCAAACCAACAA